AUGGCUGAAAAUAGAGAAGAAAUUCUUGCAAAUUUUCAGACCAUUACCAAUGUAGAAGAUGUUGAUGAAGCUUUAUUUCAUUUAGAAGAAACUAAUUGGGAUUUACUGUCAGCAAUAAACAGAGUGUUACCUCAGGAUGGGAACUCAACAUCACAGUCUAACAGUACACAAGAUGUAGAAAUGAUUGAUGAUGACAUAUCUGUGAUAACACCAAAAAAUCAUCCACCUGAUAGAGAAGAUAGUAACCAAGCAUCAACAUCAUCACUGAGAAACAGCUCCUCUGACAUAGUGGAACUGCAAGUUAACUGUAAUAAUAAGAUAAAAGAGUUCAUUAUGUCUGGUUCGUCUACAGUCAGUGACCUAAAGAAAAGAUUAGAAAUGGUUUUUGGUAUUCCUGUGUGUCAGCAACAAAUAUCUGGUCUUGGCGGUUCAAAAGCAACAUCAACAGCAUUACUUUCUAGUUUGGGUCUUGCUCGUAAUGCUGUACUUAGAGUGAAAGCAGCUGAAGGUGUCUUAGCUGACGAUGAGGUGGCAGAAAGACUGACAACCACAUACGCCCUGCACAUAAAACAUGAGGACCGGGAGUAUACACUAAAGUACCUGGGCACCAAGACGGUGCAAGAAGUCAAAAAUGAUCUCUUCUCUCUUACCGAUAUACCUGUUAGGCAUCAAGUUUGGACCGGAUGGCCAAAUGUCACGGGUUUGGAUGACACAGUUCUGGCUAUGAUUGGCCUGAAUCUGCCUCAGCACGAACUGACAGUACGUCGGGCCCCCAAGCAGCGAGAGUACAAGAGGAUAAUAGUAGAUAGUUCAGACAGUGAUAACGGUUCGGUGGAGGAGGUCGAAGAUGGUGAUUCAUUUCCAGCUGAAGAAGACAUGUUUGUAGACGUACCCUCUGAAAGAUUGCAACCUUUAAUGUCUGAACACGUGGAAGACGAGGCCCUGGGCUGCAUUGAGUUUGCGCAGCGGUUCCGCGCGCGCUACGGGCCGAACUCGCCAAACUUUUUCGAAGGGACCCUGCAAGACGCAAUCAAGGAGUCGUGUCUCACGCCUGCUAAAGAGAGGAAACUCCUAGCGGUUUAUCUGCACCACGAGCAGUCAGUGUUGUCGAAUGUGUUCUGUGCUCAACUUCUUGGCUGCGAAACGGUUCUGCAAACACUUGCUGCCAACUUUAUAGUCUACGGCUGGGACCUCACUUACCCGGACAACAUGAAUCUUUUGUUAACAUCGGUGACGAAUGCGUUGGACCUGGUAGCCAGUAGAACAAUACGCAGGAUCCCCAUCGACCGAUUGCCAGCUCUGCUCAUAAUAAUGCGCCUGCGCUCGAAUACGGAAAUUUACUCUGUUAUCAAUGGUAACGUAGGAGUGUCAGAACUGGUGGGCGGGCUCAUGGAAGCGGUAGAACGUUUCGCGGUACAAAGGGAAGAAGACGCCAAGGUAGAGCGAGAGAGACUAGCGAGACAGAGGGUGAAGUGGGAGCAAGAUGAAGCUUACCAGCGGAGUUUGGAGGCUGACAGAGCAAAAGAAGAAAUAAAGAAACAGCAAGAGUUUGAAAGGAAUCAAGAGAUUGAAAGGGCAGAAUCGGAACGGUUAAUGGAGGAAGCCAAGAAGGAGGCGCUUCGAGUGGGCGCGGCAUCUCGCGUACCCGCUGAGCCGGCUGCGGACGCGGCAGAGGUGUCGCGUAUACGGGUACGUCUCCCCCCACCGCACAACGAGUGCCUCGAGAGACGCUUCCACGCGACUGACACGCUUGCGGCAUUGUUAGAUUUCUUAGCGUCGAAAGGUUACCCUCAAGAAAACUACAAAGUGAUAUCUAGCUGGCCUAGAAGAGACCUAACAACGGAAUCUCACAGCAGCACGUUGAAAGCGCUGAAGUUAUAUCCACAGGAGACCAUCGUUCUCGAGGAACGGUGA